AACAUAGACAGAUUUCAGUAGAGAUUGGUUUUUGGGAAAAGAAACCUUUCUAUGUUUCUACUUCUCCGUCAAUAUAACUAACCUCCAGAAUAUUUCAGCGAUCUGUCAUCAUGACCAGAGCAUAAUUAUCUCUUCGAGUGAUAUAAAAUCGUGAUUUCGUGAAAGAAAUGAGUGUUUCGUCUUGUCUUGUAAAUUCAUUCAUAAUGGUGCUGAUGAUGGGACGAAAACAAAUGUAUUUGCCCGAAACUUCAAGUUCAUCAAGAACUGGAUUGAUGUCCAUAAUGAAUAUACCUUUAACGAUAUGCUGCUUCGUGUUAGCCACAGUAAGUUGUUUGCCAGAGCCUACCCAAAUCCCAGGAUACACGCAGCUGUCUCAACAGCAGAUAAGUCAUCUUCAGAACAGGGGUUUUGGUUCGACGAAAAGAACGUUUGUUCCAACAGUAGCCUAUAGGGAAGAAGAUGAUGAAUUGUAUGACGACGAUAUCGAUAGCGAGGCAGAAUCCAGCCAAGAUAGAGUUCCAACUUACGUUAACCAGAAUUAUCCGAUACCAGUAAGGGCAACUGUACAGCCAAAUUUAAAUUACCCCAUUCCAGUAAGAGCCGCUGUAAGCAAGGCUGGCUAUGUUGCAGCUACUCCAAAAUAUGAUAGGAGACUUCAACAGCAACAAUAUACCCGUGGGGAAGAGUUAGAGGCUAACAAAUUGGAAGAAGAGAAAGAAGAGGAAGAACCAGAUAGAUUGAGUCAACUACUUCCACAGUCUAGAUUCCAAUGUAAUGGAAAAAAUACAGGUUAUUAUGCCGAUGAGGAACUAGGUUGCGAAGUAUUCCACUAUUGUCAAGCCAACGCGAAACAUUCCUGGAUUUGUCCAGAAGGAUUUACUUUCCAUCAGGUAAAUAUCAUUUGCGUUUAUUCCGAAAAUGAUAAUAUCUGCGAAAAAUCAUCCGACUAUCAUUUUGUCAACGAGUACUUGUACAAACCAGUAAAUUUGGAAGAAUAUCAGCACAAACCAAACAUAACUCUGAGGUAUUCUGACAGGUAUUACCCAGAACAGUACCGUUCCAGAUACGAAGAAGACGACGAGACUCCAGUCCAUCAUCAACAUUCGGUUCGCGUAACAUCUCAACCCCGUCAACAAGUUUCACCAACAACAUUGAGAUCACAUUCCGCAUCCCAUGGACAGAUAUUCAGAUCUCCCGAAGAAAUAAAUAUUUCUCUUCAGCAAAGAAGGCCGCCUCAACAACAUUACGUAAAUGAAUACUAGUGUAGCUACUCAAAUAAGAUAUUGUUAUGUUGAUAUGAACUGUUUUUAGACUAAGGAUAAUAAUUGUAAGAAUAUCUAUUCUAGAAUAUAUUUAUUGGUAAUACUUUG